AUGAUGACCGAACGGCGGAGCGAUUUCGUGCUAAAGUCCGGCUAUAUGGUGAAACGGUCCCAAAACAAAAAACGCUUCACACCGGUCAACUACAAGACGCGCUGGUUCGAGCUGACGCGUUUCUAUCUUUCGUACUAUGAUAUUGGAAAUUUGGAGAAACGGCGCGAACGGGGCAGAAUCAGUGUGAAGGGAGUGCGGCUCGUUGAACCAGCCCUACUGCACGGUGAAGGCGGUGAUGCAGCGGCACCGGAUGGCUAUCCUUUUCAAGUAGGAUACUGCGAAAGUGACGGCAUCUUCCCUGGGACGACACUGCCACAGUAUACGCUGUAUCUGGUGGCGGAUAGUGAAAAGGAACGCUCCGAGUGGAUCUCGUCGAUACGUAAAGUCUGCGAAGAGUAUAGUCCGAAGUCGUUCAGCUACCAUCUGGGACUUUGGCAGGGCAGGAAGUGGUCCUGCUGCCGAAGCUUAAAUCGUCGAGCGCUCGGAUGUCAGGUGGCAACGGUAUGGCCGGAGUACAACAAUAAUCCAAGUACUGGAAGCUCUCCUGCCCAAAAUUCUACCCGAAGUACCAGCCCCAACGUGCCGAACGGUCACCUGCCGUUGCCGCAGCAGCAAUCGCAGGUUCAUACCCAGCAGCAGCAACUGCAGCAUCACUCCGGCACGGUGCCGGUGCUACAGGCGCACCAGCAACAGGCACCACAGCCCACACAGCACCCGCCGCAGCAGCAUUCCCAGUCCCAUUCGCCCUCGCUGCAGCAUCCGGCCCAACAGCAAGUGCACCUUCAGCAGCAGCAGCAGCAGGCGGCCCUACAGGCGGCCCUCCAGCAGCAGCAGCAGCAACCGCCCCAACUGCAGCAGCAAACAUCGCAACAGUCAUCCCAUCAUCUUAAUAGCAGCUCGAGCAGCUUAGGCAACAUAACGCCCACCUUCGUCGCACAGCCACAGUCUCCGACUGUGAAUUCCUUUAAAACGGCGUCCCUCAACGGUGUUGGUUUGCACGUGAACGGAGGAGGGGAUUUAAAUAUGCCCGGUGGUCCAACAGUAACGCCUGGAACACCGAACACAAAGGCAAAGGAUGUAUCACCACGGGUGAAGAUCGUCGUUGCGCUCUACCCCUUCAAGGCAAUCGAAAGUGGUGAUCUGUCCCUCGAAAAGAAUGCCGAAUAUGAGGUGAUCGACGAUUCCCAGGAGCACUGGUGGAAGGUAAAGGAUCAGCAUGGCACAAUCGGGUACAUUCCGAGCAACUACGUCAAGGAGAAGGAGCUGCUCGGUUUGCAAAAGUACGACUGGUACGUGGGCGAUAUGUCCCGGCAACGUGCGGAAUCACUCCUGAAGCAAAACGACAAGGAAGGCUGCUUUGUUGUGCGCAAAUCGUCCACCAAGGGUCUUUACACACUAUCGCUACAUACCAAAGUACCACAAUCGCACGUGAAGCAUUACCAUAUCAAACAGAAUGCUCGCAGUGAAUUUUACCUAUCCGAAAAGCACUGCUGUGAAACGAUUCCGGAUUUGAUAAACUACCAUCGCCAUAACUCCGGUGGGCUUGCCUGUCGCCUCAAGACGUCACCGUGCGAUCGUCCAGUGCCACCGACGGCUGGUUUAUCUCAUGACAAAUGGGAAAUUCAUCCCUCGGAAUUGAUGAUCCUGGAGGAGCUCGGUUCGGGACAGUUCGGUGUGGUACGGCGUGCCAAAUGGCGUGGAUCCAUCGAUACGGCAGUGAAGAUGAUGAAGGUUGGCACCAUGUCCGAGGACGAUUUCAUAGAGGAAGCAAAAGUUAUGACUAAACUUCAACAUCCCAAUUUGGUGCAGUUGUAUGGUGUUUGCUCCAAGCAUCGACCCAUCUACAUCAUCACCGAGUACAUGAAGCAUGGAUCUCUGCUGAAUUACCUACGAAGGCACGAGCAAUCGCUGAUUGGAAAUAUGGGACUGCUGCUGGACAUGUGUAUACAGGUCUGCAAGGGCAUGUCCUAUCUGGAGCGUCACAACUACAUACAUCGCGAUUUGGCUGCACGCAACUGUCUGGUCGGUUCGGAAAACACAGUAAAGGUGGCAGACUUUGGCCUGGCGCGGUAUGUGCUGGACGAUCAGUACACUAGCUCCGGUGGUACCAAGUUCCCCAUCAAAUGGGCCCCACCGGAGGUACUCAACUACACGCGAUUCUCCUCCAAGAGUGACGUUUGGGCAUACGGUGUGCUGAUGUGGGAAGUGUUCACGUGUGGCAAGAUGCCGUACGGUCGCCUAAAAAAUACUGAAGUUGUCGAACGUGUCCAGCGCGGCAUCAUACUGGAGAAGCCCAAAGCGUGCGCAAAGGAAAUUUAUGAUGUCAUGAAAAAAUGCUGGUCCCACAGUCCCGAGGAUCGUCCCGGAUUCCGAAUACUGAAAGAUCAGCUCGCUGCCGUCGCCCAAGGACUCACAGAUUAG